AAAAAGGCCGAAAAACAGCGGAGAUUUCUAUGGAAUUCGUCUAGAAAGCUGCGAAUCUUCCCUUAGGAUUCGCUUAUCCUUGCCAAAUCCUCUCCAAAUUCAAAGCAUCACUUAUUUUUUUUUUUAAAAAAAACGGCAAACACGAGUCCAUGAGACCACGAGUGACGACGAGUAGUCCUCCACCCCUACGCCUCGCCUUCUCCUCUCUUCUUUUCCCACGCAAACGCCGGAGACAGAGGAGGAGACAAGAGUCCAAGACCAAUGCGAGGCAACGGCAGGGGGCGGGAGGAGGAGGGGAACUCCCCAAUGGGCCGCCGGUUGCGGGCCGUCUCGGCCCACCUCCUGCCGCCGGCGUCCACCACCACCACCACCGGCGGCGUUGACCUCGCCGCCAACCCCACCGCCGGCGAGUACGCGCACGUGCAGGGCUACAGUGCUGUGCUCCCUGAGAAGUUGCAGACCGGGAAGUGGAAUGUAUACCGGAAUGCGAAGACACCUCUUAGGUUAAUAGAUAGAUUCCCUGAUACCCCUGAUAUUGCAACGCUUCAUGAUAAUUUCGUGUAUGCAGUUGAGACCUUUAGGGACUGUAGAUACCUGGGCACAAGAAUCUGCGCUGAUGGAACAGUUGGGGACUACAAAUGGAUGACAUAUGGAGAAGCUAGUACAAACAGGACUGCAAUAGGUUCUGGUCUUAUUUAUCAUGGAAUACCUGAAGGUGCAUGCAUUGGUUUGUAUUUUAUAAACAGACCUGAGUGGAUCAUAGUUGAUCAUGCCUGUGCAGCAUAUUCAUUCGUGUCUGUGCCACUUUAUGACACUCUUGGUCCAGAUGCAGUUCAGUUCAUUGUCAACCAUGCGACAGUAGAAGCUAUUUUCUGUGUGCCUCAAACACUAAGCACUCUGUUAAGCUUUAUAACUCAAAUGCCAUGUGUUCGCCUUAUAGUGGUAAUUGGUGGAGACAAUGCAAAUAUGCCAUCUACCCCAACAUCUACUGGAGUGGAAAUUAUAAUUUACUCCAGACUACUCAACCAGGGAAAGAUGAGUUCUAGACCUUUUCGUCCUCCAAAACCUGAAGAUGUUGCCACUAUUUGUUACACUAGUGGCACAACCGGCACACCAAAGGGAGUUGUUCUUUCUCAUAGGAACUUAAUCGCAAAUGUAGCAGGAUCAAGUGUGGUCAUUAAGUUUUACCCAUCUGAUGUGUACAUCUCAUAUCUACCUUUAGCUCACAUCUAUGAGAGAGUUAACCAGAUUGCACUGCUUCACUAUGGAGUUGCCAUUGGAUUCUACCAAGGGGAUAAUUUGAAGCUGAUGGAUGAUCUGGCUGCACUGAGACCAACAGUAUUUUCUAGCGUACCCCGGCUAUAUAACAGAAUUUAUGCUGCAAUUACAAAUGCUGUGAAGGAGUCUGGAGGGUUGAAAGAAAGAUUUUUUCAUGCUGCAUACAAUGCUAAGAGGCAAGCCAUUAUGAAUGGACGAAAUCUGUCCCCAAUGUGGGACAAAUUGGUAUUUAACAAAAUAAAAGCUAGGCUUGGUGGACGUGUGAGGCUUAUGUCUUCAGGUGCUUCUCCAUUGUCAGCAGAUGUCAUGGAAUUCCUAAGAGUAUGCUUCGGUUGUCUCGUAAUUGAAGGAUAUGGAAUGACAGAGACAUCCUGUGUCAUCGCUACAAUGGAUUGUGAUGAUAGGUUAAUUGGUCAUGUUGGACCUCCAAAUCCAUCUUGUGAGAUUAAGCUAGUGGAUGUCCCAGAAAUGAAUUACACCUCUGAGGAUCAACCAUAUCCUCGUGGAGAAAUUUGUGUUAGGGGAACUACGAUAUUUUUUGGUUACUAUAAGGAUGAAAUCCAAACGAGAGAGGUCAUUGAUGAGGACGGUUGGUUGCACACUGGAGACAUAGGUUUGUGGCUGCCUGGAGGGCGUUUAAAAAUUAUAGAUAGGAAAAAGAACAUUUUCAAGUUAGCUCAAGGAGAAUACAUAGCUCCCGAGAAGAUUGAGAAUGUCUAUGCUAAGUGCAAGUUUAUUGCGCAGUGCUUUAUAUAUGGUGAUAGUUUAAACUCUUCUUUGGUUGCCGUAGUAGCAGUUGAACCAGAGGUGUUGAAGGCUUGGGCUGCAUCGGAAGGAAUCCAGUACGAGGAUUUAAGACAGCUAUGCGCUGAUACAAGGGCAAGAGCUGCUGUCCUGGCUGACAUGGACUCUAUUGGAAAGGAGGCACAGCUAAGAGGUUUUGAAUUUGCCAAAGCUGUUACCCUUGUUGCUGAGCCUUUCACACUAGAAAAUGGUCUCCUCACCCCAACAUUCAAGAUCAAAAGACCGCAAGCUAAGGCAUACUUUGCAAAAGAAAUCGCAGAUAUGUACGCACAACUGCGUGAAGCAGAAUCAACAAAGUCCAAGUUGUAAUUACCCGAGUAACAAACAGAAUAAAGGUUCAACCAACACAGGAGAUUUAGUUCGCCAAUUGUAUAUUCAACAGGAUGAAAUAAGCGCCUUCUAUUUACUGGCCAAGCAAACAAUGACAGCAGUAUUUCACGAGCCCUUCCAUCUGACGACGAAAUGAAACUUCACCGAUCAACAGCAGGGAACAGUUGGAUGUAGAGGCCGGUUUCUUAAUCCAUUAUCUAAAAAACAGCAGGGAACAGUGCUUGAUGCAUAAUUCAUAUUUGUUUCUUAUUUGAGUGAAGUAAUACUACUGUUUAGUGGGAUAUGGACUACUCAUUUGUUUGGGACAGUAUUUGGUGCGGAAUUAAUAUUUGUUUGUUGCUAGCAA